AUGCAAUCCAAUGAUUCUAGCAGAAGAAGAUUGUUUUUACGUUCUCUCGCAGCUGAAGAGCCAUAGAAAAUGUAAAAUAUGUAAGAGAUUAUUUCUCUAUUAUAAGCUCAGCUAAUGGAUCUUUAGUACUUAGCUAAUUUCGUCUUAAUUCUAAAGGUCUUACCUUUACAAAAAGUAUAUAUAAUGUUCAAACCCAUUAGAUAUCACAUAUAUGGAAUCAAAACACUUUAAGGAUCUUAAAUUGGAAGAUUUUGAAAUAGUCUGUAAAUUAGGAUAAGGAAAUUAUGGUAGUGUUGAGAAAGUACUUCACAAACCUACACAUGAUUAUUAUGCUUUAAAGGUAUUAUUAUUAUGUUUUAUUCAUAUAGAAAAUACAUUAUGUUAGUAAUGAUGUUUAGGAGUCAUUAUUGAAGAAAGAAUUAAAGGCACUUAUUGAUUGCAAUUCAUAAUAUGUUGUUUAAUGUUAUGGUGCAUUUUAUUCUAAAGGAGAAAUAUACAUUGUUAUGGAGUACAUGGACAUGGGAUCUUUGUAGAUAAUAUUAGAAAAAACUAAAAAAAUACCAGAAUCCAUUACUAUGUUAAUAAUCAAAGAAGUACUUUAAGGUUUAGAUUAUUUGCAUACAAAUAAACAUAUUAUACAUAGAGACAUCAAACCUCACAAUAUACUAAUCAAUAAAAAGGGAGAAGUUAAAAUUGGUGAUUUUGGAAUUUGUUCUGUUAGUGAGAAUUCAGAUUAGAAAUUUGAUACAUUUAUUGGUACUAUUUAAUACAUGUCUCCUGAAAGAUUAAAUGGAGAAGAAUAUGGUUAUGAUUGUGAUAUUUGGAGUGUUGGCAUGAUGACUAUGUAAUGUAUUACAGGUCUUUUACCAUUUGAAUUUGAUGCCAAAAAAAUGAGUAUGAUAGAAUACAUUUAAAUGAGCAAGAAUUUCAAAAUUGAUGAUUAUUUUCAUUAACAUAAACAUGCUAUAUCAGAAAAUACUAUUUACUUCAUUUCUAGAUGGUAAUUUCAUUAUUUAUAUUAUCAUUUAUUAGUCUCUAACAGGAACCAAAGGAUAGAACAAAAGCUUAAGAAUUAUUGUUAACAAAGGCAAUCAAGUAUACAUAAUCUCUUAAAAUUGAUGUCUUUAAAUAAUGGUUACAGUUGUCUAUAGAGGAAAUUUGA